CGGCACUUCUCCACCGUGACUGCGACUGCCACUGCGACUGCGACUGCUCUCUCCUGACUGGAGUCAGUGUCUCGGGUGCUGCUGACCCGCCGUCUUCUCCGCUUGCCGUGCCGCCAUCGCCAUGGAUGGGGUUUCGACGGAGCCUCGCCACCCGCUCCUGCAGGCCGUUCUCGACGGCGACCUCCGCCUCCUCAAAGAGAUGGCGGGCGUCGUGGCGGCGGACGUCGGCAUCAGGGCGCGCGCGCUGACUGUGGCGGUCAUGGAAGGGCGGCUGGACAUCUGUAGGUGCCUCGUCGAGGACCACGGCGUCGAUGUCAACCAGCGCACCUUCACAGGUGACACUCCUCUGGCCAUUUCUGCGACUUAUGGGACGCCUGCUACCACCAGAUAUCUUCUGGAUCGUGGUGCUGAUCCAACUUUAGCUGGUGCCCUGUGGCCACCUCUUCAUGCUGCUGCAAGUUUUGGACAAUGUGAGAUAGUGGAAUUGCUGCUUUCAACUGGAAUUGAUGUGGAUCAUUUCGAUUCUGUGUAUGGGACCGCAUUGCAUGUUGCCGCUACUAAUGGUCAAGAUGGCUCGAUGAAUAUUUUGUUGCAGCAUCAUGCAGAUCCUAAUAAGGUUUUCCGCCUUGAUAGUACCCCGUUAAGGCUGGCCAUGAUUUCUGAAUCGCUGGAAUGUGUGAAUCUACUCAUUAAGGCUGGCGCUGAUGUGAAUAAAAUUGACUAUACUGGUGUUACUUACUUGAUGAUAGCAGCGGGCAAUGGCUUAUCUGAUAUCCUGAAAUGCUUACUAGAUGCUGGCGCUAACCCAGAUAUUGAUGAUGGGUUUGGUACAACUCCAAUCGAAAUUGCCGCCCUCCAAGCCAGAUGGGAUAUGGUUGCGACGUUAUUUCCUUUAACUUCUCCCAUUUCAAGAUUGCCGGAUUGGAGUAUUGAUGGAAUUAUUUCUCAUGUGCAAUCUUUUGGUUUGAAGCCGAGGGAUAUACAUCUAUGUGAAGCGAAAAGAGCUGAACUAAAGUUGCAAGCUACAGAGGCUUUUAAGAGAAAGGAAUAUAUCAUAGCAGGAGACCUAUAUACUUGUGCAAUGAGUUUUCAGCCUAGUCCAAAAGGUCUUGCAAACCUGCUAGCACAUAGGAGUUUCUGUAUGUUGCACGCGGGGAUAGGAAAAGAGGCUCUCUCCGACGCUGCUAGGUGCACAGUGCUACGACCUCUUUGGCCCAAAGGUUACUAUCGACUAGGAGCAGCCUUUAUGUUGCUACAGGACUAUGGAAAAGCAGCUCAGACGUUCGAAGCUGGCUUGAAACUGGACCCUACAAAUGCGGAUAUGGCUAACGCUUUAAGGGAAGCCCAAGAGACGGCGAGGAAUCCUCCUCGCACCAGGGGGCUGGAGUGCCUUCACCCAUUUGGAAUGAGACGUUCCUGGAGUGAUUGAGGCGCUGUUUCGUUGCUAUGUCCAGUCCAGGGUAUGCAUGCCUGCCUGUUAUUCUCUUUUCCUAUGUCCAGUCCAAGGUAUGCGUGCCUGUUAUUCUCUGGAGAGACUGAGACUCUGUUUCGUUGCUUAAGACUCUGUUUUGUGUUGAACCGUCCAAGAGUACCGAUCUCAUGUGCUAUAUUGUAGACCGUGUAAACAUGGCUGUCUGUACAUUGUGGUUAUAUAUCGUCUCCGUGAACCAUUGUGGUUA